UUAUUUGAAAUUUUUGUACUGAAUAGUAAAAAAAAAUCAGAGAAAAACAUGAAGUUUUCUAAAUGAUUGUUCAUUACAUUUUAUUUAAGUCAUUAUGAUAACUUAAAAUUGAAAUUAAAGAAGAAUGUAAUAAUAUGUCAACCACACCAUAUUUGCUAUAUCCAAUGCUGAUGAGGCUUUUUGCUCAGUACCAGGGCUUAUCAGGCCAGUUGGUGUAUGACAGACAUGGUGGUUGAGAUUGUUUUGGUGUGAACUAUAUUACAGUGAUAAACCGUAAUUUUUAUCAUUUUAUUUAAAUUACUACACAUCAGAAUUUGAUUAGUGAUAUUUAGUUACAUUACUUAUUUUAACAUCAGAGUGUUUAUUAUUAAUGUUAAUCGUUUACUUAUUUCAUUUGAAUUAACGUUACUCUUCAUUCAGAAGAACUUAUGAGCCAGUAAAUUAAUCUUUUUUUUUGGUUCUGGAGCUUGUCAAAUGACUACAGCAUCGAUGGAAGAAGACUACAUUAAUAAUUAUAAGAACAUUAUGAGUGAAAGUAAAGAUGAAUGUAUUCAUACAUCCAAACACAUUAUAUCUAUUAUAUCCAGUGUUGAAGAGGUCUCUUGCUUAUACCAGGGCUCAUCAGAUCAGCUAGGAUACAACAGACUUAAUAGUGGUCGAAACCAUUUACAUCAUCAGUUACGUGAACAACAACUGUUAUGGUGUGAGCUAUAUUUACAUCAUCAGUUACUUGAACAACAGCUGUUAUGGUGUGAGCUAUAUUUACAUCAUCAGUUACUUGAACAACUGUUAUGGUGUGAGCUAUACUUACAUCAUCAGUUACUUGAACAACAACUGUUAUUGUGUGAGCUAUAUUUACAUCAUCAGUUACUUGAACAACAACUGUUAUGGUGUGAGCUAGAUUUACAUCAUCAGUUACUUGACCAAGAACUGUUAUGGUGUGAGCUAGAUUUACAUCAUCAGUUACUUGAACAACUGUUAUGGUGUGAGCUAGAUUUACAUCAUCAGUUACUUGAACAACAACUGUUAUGGUGUGAGCUAGAUUUACAUCAGUUACUUGACCAACAACUGUUAUUGUGUGAGCUAUAUUUACAUCAUCAGUUAUUUGAACAACAACUGUUAUGGUGUGAGCUAGAUUUACAUCAUCAGUUACUUGACCAAGAACUGUUAUGGUGUGAGCUAGAUUUACAUCAGUUACUUGACCAACAACUGUUAUGGUGUGAGCUAUAUUUACAUCAUCAGUUACUUGACCAACAACUGUUAUGGUGUGAACUAUACUUACAUCAUCAGUUACUUGACCAACAACUGUUAUGGUGUGUACUAUACUUACAUCAUCAGUUACUUGAACAACAACUGUUGUAAUUUUUAUCAACUUAUCUAAGUCGUGUUAGUGACUGUUAAUUUGAUUUUAUAAAGUAUAUACAAUUAUUUGCUACUGUGUUUCAUCUUGUUGUUGU